AUGCAUUUUAUUGUAUAUGUUUGUAUCUUUAUUAUUGGAUUUGCAACUUUCAUAGUUAAUGGGGCAGCUAUCAAUCAAUCAAAAUCUCUAAACAUUCAAAAUUCAACGGUAUCACAGCUAAAACAACCCGUUGAAGAAACAGAGCGAAUAUUAAUAGGAAAUAGCGACCGAUCAAAGAGAUUAAGAGGAUUACCGUUGUUUCAUCAACGAACAGCACAAUUAACAGCAAAAUUAAAACCCAAAGGUUCUUUACUGUCAACAGCCAAGCCUUCAAUUAAAAAACAAGUACUGAAAAAACCAUUAUGGUUUAACUCAACUUGGCGAAAGUCUUCAUUAAUAAAUAAAAAAAAUAUAGUAAGUUUAAGUGCAGUUAACAACGAUGGUGAAAAUUCUGAAAAUGGUGAAGAAAAUGUUGAAAAUAAGGAAAGUGAGAGUAAUGGAGGUAGUGGAGGUGAAGAAGUUGAUAGUGAUUCUGAAAGUUCGGAAAAUGAACAAGAAAAGGAAAGUAAUACAGAUGGUGUAGUUGAAAAGUCAAAUAACGAUUCCGAAGAUACUGGAAGCGAUGACGAAAGUGACAAUGAUGCGGGUGGUGGCGACGAAGACACAGAUAGUAGUAGCGAAACUACUGAAGACGAAGGAGUUGGGAAUCACGUAAAUGGUGGAGAUAAAGAUGAUGAUGAGGGUUUCGGAGGAGCUGAUAAUGAAGGAACAAAUCAACAUUAUGCAAGUGGAGCUGGAGGUGGAAAUGCAGCUGGUCGAGAUGACGAUGGAGAAAAUGAUGCAGAUAAUGACAAUGAAGGUGCAAAUGUUGGAGGCAAUGGAAACAGACAUAAUAUAGGAGGCUCUGGAGGUGGUAUAGGAGGUAAUGGUAAUAUAGGUGGUACAAAUGGAAAUGUACAUGACUCUGCUUAUGAAACUGAUAAUACUGAAAAUCAAUAUGAUACUGGAAAUGCAGGUGGUACAAAUGCACAAUCUGGAAUGGGUACGGGAGGUAGUGGAUAUCGACCAAAUCCUGGAAUAACCAGUGGAGGGUAUCAAGAAACUAAUGGAAGAUAUCAAGGAAAUACUGCAAACUAUGAACCAACUAAUGAACAGUAUAGAGUAACCAAUGGACCUUAUGGAGUCACUAGAGGAAAUUAUGAAUUAACUACUAGGGGAUAUGGAGAAAAUAAUAGAUGGUAUGGACCACGUAAUAAUAGGUAUAGAGAAAACAAUAGAUGGUAUAAUUCAGGUGAUAGAAGAUAUAGAGGAGGCAAUAGAUGGUAUAGAGGAGGUGAUAGAUAUUAUAAAGGCGGUGAUAAAUGGUAUGGACAAGACAAUAGAAGGUAUAGACAAGGCGAUAGGUGGGAUGGUCGCAGGUAUGGAAUGGAUGGCAGAAGACCAUACGGACCAUACGGACAGGCAAACUAUGUGGGCAGGCAAAAUAUGAAUGGCGCUUUUGCGUAUGUAAAUCCUGGCCAAUCUCGAUAUCAAAGAAAUAAUAUGAACCGUUAUUCAAAUCAAGCACAAAGAAAUGGAAAACCUACUCUAAAAUUUAUUUUAAAAGGAACAGUCGUUAUGCCAAGAACUACUAGACGUCAGUAUAGAGGUAGGAGAACGAUGAGAAGGCCAGUUUAUUAUGCAAAUCCAAGAACACCUCCAAGAAAAUCAAAUCAAGUAGUAUUGGUAAAGCCAGUAAUAGUAGUAAAUCCUGUAAUAAAACCAGGUAACCGACCAAGACCUUCAACACAAGGAAGACCAUUUGGUUAUAGAUAUUCACAACAUCCAUUAGGACAACAAACACACCACUAUUAUAAUUAUCCACAUCCUCAACAUCCAUCUGCGCCACAAACACAACAUCAUUAUAACUAUCCACAUCCUCAACAUCCAUUUGCGCAACCAACACAACAUCAUUAUAACUAUCCACAUCCUCAACAUCCAUUUGCCCAACAAACACAACAUCAUUAUAACUAUCCACAUCCUCAACAUCCAUUUGCGCCACAAACACAACAUCAUUUUAACUAUCCACAUCCUCAACAUCCAUUUGCGCAACCAACACAACAUCAUUAUAACUAUCCACAUCCUCCACAUCCGUUUGCGCAACAAACACAACAUCAUUAUAACUAUCCACAUCCUCAACAUCCAUUUGCGCAACAAACACAACAUUAUUAUAACAAUCCAUAUACGCAACAAUCACCGGAUAGACUGAGACGACCAAACUUUAACUAUCCAUAUCACUAUCCAGUACAAGAACCAAUAAUGCAAAGAACGCCAUAUUCUAACUACAAACGUGUGCUGUCAGAACCAAUAAAACGAAGAGAUGAACAUGGUAAUUACCAAUAUUCAUUGGAGCAUGGAAUGGAAGGAAGGAACCCAUCAUAUACCUAUCCAUACUAUCAUGCAGAAAGACUAGAAUCAAGGAACCCAUAUAGUACCAAUCCAUCUCAUCAAAAUGGUCGUAAAGCACGGGGAAAACAAUAUUUCGACGAUCCAUAUUAUCACAAAAAUCAAAAAUAUCACAGAAUUCCAAUUGAAAACUAUGAUUAUCAAUCAGAAAACUCAAUAGCACAAUCUACACCAUUAAAUAAUAUCUCAUCUUUACCACCAAAACCUGUAACGCGAAAAGAUUGCCUUUAUGGUGCCUGCGUGCGGGCAGUACAGAAAGUCAUACAACCGCUAAAAACGAUAAUACCAAAAAAAUCCUUUCGUUUUUUCUCAUCAGCGUCAAAAAAAGUCAUAUACUAG